AUGGCAGUGGGAGAGGCGCGCGUGCCGCUGCUUCACGACGACAGGCCUGCACACCAUGAACCACCAACCAGGAAGCAGCUGUCGGGCACCGUGGUGGUGGUCACGUCGCUGGUGGCCGGCGCGGCCGCCGGAGCUAUCGCCAAGACUGUCAUAGCGCCCCUCGAUAGGACUAAGAUCAACUUUCAAACGUCACAUAUCCCCUAUUCCUGGAAGGCGGCCGUGGGGUUCCUGUCGCACAGCGCGCGCACUGAGGGCUGGGCGGCGCUGUGGCGCGGCAACAGCGCGACCAUGGCGCGUAUCGUGCCCUACGCCGCCAUACAGUUCACCGCGCACGAGCAGUGGAAGCGGCUGCUUGGCGUCGACACACCGCAGACUGCCCAGGAGUCCCCGCUGCGGCUGCUGGCGGCGGGGUCGCUGGCCGGCGCCACGUCGCAGAGCGCCACGUACCCGCUGGACCUGGCGCGCGCGCGCAUGGCCGUGGCCGACUACCGCUCGCUGCGCGCCGUGUUCCGCCGCGUGGCGCGCCACGAGGGACUGCACUCGCUGUACAGAGGCUACCCCGCGACCGUGCUCGGCGUCAUCCCGUACGCCGGCGUGUCCUUCUUCACGUACGACUCGCUCCGGAACUUGUAUCGUGAGCACACGGGCAGCGAGCCGCACGGCGCCACCAACAUGGUGUGCGGUGGCGCGGCGGGUGCGCUCGCGCAGACCGCGUCCUACCCGCUGGACAUCGUGCGCCGCCGCAUGCAGACCGCGCCGCGCGCCGCCUGCCCCACCAUCGUCGCCACGCUGCGUGCCGUAUACGUGAACGAAGGCUGGCGCGGGUUUUUCAAAGGGUUGAGUAUGAAUUGGGUGAAGGGCCCCAUCGCUGUGGGCAUCUCCUUCGCGACAUACGACUCCAUCAAGUCCACUCUUCGCGACAUAGCGGUCACCGUGACGUCA